GCAGUGUUACAUCACAACAGAAACCAGCUUAAGAAAACAAAAAAUUAUUCUUUUCGAAACAGCUCAAAAUCACAAAGCUUUUUAUCAGAAAAUAAUUAUUACUUGGGUAUAUAUUUGAUAAUAAAUUAUGGAGGUGUUGACGGCUCCGCGCAAAGAAAUUUUCAAUCCUGAUGACAUGUCAAAGUGGCUGAAAUCAGAAGCGUAUCAGGAAUACAUGGGAUUCAUUCUUGCCAUUAACGAAGCUGUGCAAGGAAAGAAAGCGUCGAGUAUCCAGUUGAACGACAGAAUAGUGAAAGUGGUUGGUUUGCUGGAUUGCCUGGAUCGUUGGAUUGAUGAAAUCCCCCCAACUGAACAGCCCCAGCGCUUUGGCAACAAAUCAUUCAGGGUGUGGUCUCAAAAACUCAAAGAUGAAUCCUCAAAUAUCCUUAAAGAUAUUUUACCUGAAGAGUUACACUACACAAUUCCUGAAAUAGAAGUCUAUUUAACUGAAUGUGUGGGAAAUUCUACAAGAAUUGAUUAUGGAUCAGGACAUGAAAUGUCAUUUGUCAUUUUCUUGUACUGCCUUUUCAAAAUUGGUUUCUUGACCCUUGGUGAUCAAGCUGCUGCAGGGAUUGUUGUAUUUGAUAGGUAUAUGUCGUUGGUUCGAAAACUGCAGUUAAUUUAUCGUAUGGAACCAGCAGGUUCGCACGGAGUUUGGAGCUUAGACGACUAUCAAUUCGUCCCUUUUAUUUGGGGAAGUUCUCAACUCAUCGAAAAUCAGCGGUUGCCACCCAAAUCUUUUCCUAAUCAGGACAUUGUCGAAUGUUUUGCCAAAGACUACAUGUUCCUUGGCUGUAUCAAAUUUAUUUUCAAGGUGAAAAACGGGCCGUUUGCUGAACACUCGAACCAACUCUGGAACAUCAGUGGGGUAGCAACUUGGUCGAAAGUAAAUUCAGGUCUGAUUAAAAUGUACAAAGCAGAAGUUUUGGCCAAACACCCUGUCAUGCAGCAUGUUCUUUUUGGUUCUCUUUUACCAAUUACGGAAGCAAAUCUGCAGAAACAAUAAACGAACAACACAUUUGCAUGAAACUACAAA